GGGUUUGGCGGGGUGGCGGGGAAGACGGCCAGCCCAAUUGCCCGACCCGGGUGCAAGAAGAAGCGGUUGGGACCAUGGGCAAGACCAAGGCCCGGCGCUUUCGCCCGCCGGCCUUCGCUCCAGCCGGGAGCCUGAGCGAGCAAGCGGCCGGAGCCGGAACGGGAGAAGACGAGGGAAGCUCCCCGGCCGCCGAGCUGCUGGAGAAGCUCCAGCACCCCAAUGCCGACGUGCGUGAAUUCGCUUGCGCCAACAUUUCCAAGAUGUUGCAACAGCAACAAACGAUCCCAGCUUUUGUGCAGCAAGACGUGGUUCGGCGGCUGGGUCCGUUGCUGCUGGAUCCAAGCGUAGUGGUUCGGGAGACGGCAGCAGGAGCUCUCCGGAACCUCAGUGCCUGUGGAGGAUUUGAAGUUUGCAACGAUAUGGUCGCUAAAGACAUCAUGACUCCCCUUGUUGCUUUAUUGAAGGAGACAGCUGUUCUUUGCUUUGUGCAGAUCCUGGAAAAAACUGUUUUCCCUUGUGGAGUUACUCUUGAUAUCUGUAUGAAACAUCCAUCUUGGAAGCCUCUGAUUAAAAAGUUGAACAUGAUCCAGUGCAGAGCGCUAACCUGCCUUCACAGCAUCUUACUGGUGUCGGAUGUGGAUAGCCUGGGGGGCCCGUCGGUGCUUCAAUCCCUCUCACAGCACCUGUCUCAAUUAAUUUUUUCUCAGCCAGAAUUUUCCAAAGAAGCGGAGUUUCUAGAAGCCGUCACCAGUGCGUUGCGAGCUCUUUUGCAAAUGUUGGCAUCCAAUAAUAUACCUCAGUCGAUGAACCCGGAGCAGCUGAUGAGUCUGUGUGACACCGGAAUUCAGAGCACAAACAUUAGCGUCCGAAUCAAUGUGGUUAGCAUUUUGGGAAUUGCUGGGAGUGUGCUCGCCAAAGUGGAAGGCAUCACCGAGACACUCAAGAACAUCGGAAAAUUCCUCCUCAAUGUUGCAACGAAAGACGCUUCCCUUGUGGUGGUGGGAGAAGCUUUGGACGCCCUCUUCGACGUUUUUGCCGAUGGCAAAGAAGCGGAAAGGGCAGCGGAGGAAAUUAAAUUGCUUUACGCUCUUAAGGAAUUCCAGCCGGUUUUCAAGUCACGGAUGCGAAAAGAAGGCAGAGGACAGUACAACACAGAACAACUAUGCGUUCUAGACAACGUGAAGCUGAAUUUAAGAAGAUUUAUUGCCUAUCAAGAAAUGUUGGACAGAAAGAAAAAAGUUUUGGAAUAGAAAUAGGAUGGAAAAGUCUAUUUUUGAUACACCUUUAUGGAAUGUUUUAACCAUGAAUUCUAUAGGACUUUGUAAAAACAGCUAGUAGGAGAAAAGGGUUGUGGUAUUCUUUUCAUAUUAUGUCUUAUAUUGAAGGGGGUGAAAGGGCAGAGAAAAAUGCUAAAAUGAAUUCAACACCACAAAGGGUCAUAAUUUGUCCUUAAUGUGGCGGAAUGUUUUGUUUUGCCAUUCUUAGAAAAAGAAUGAGCAAAACAAUCUAAAAUAAAAGAUUAGAAUGGAAGUACCAAUUUUCUUAAUGUGGACAAAAUAAUUUGAUUUCCUGGAUGAUAUAUUUCAAGGUUUUCUUGUUUCUUUUUAAAGUAAAAGUACAAUGUAAAAAACAGGAUAAAAACGUUUUUCCUGGGUG